AUGGCGGCAGCCGCAAGCUCCCGUGCAGCUUUCACGUUCGGCUCAGAUCAGCCAUACGCGAAUCUGUGGCAAGCCGGAUCAGACGCUACCGGACGCGUCGAGGCGGUACCUUCGCGAGACUGGUCUGACCAGGGGGCGCCGGCAGUGAUACCCGUUAUGGGCCGUCCUACUGCGCCACUCCCAGCUCGGAGACGUCCUGCUGCGGCUCCAUUGCUCGCUGGAAUAGAUGGUAGUAUCGGUCUGGUAUCCGUCAUGCCGUCUUCGGCGGAAGCCCAGAGUAUGCCUAGAUUGGGAGAGAUGGACGCAUGUUUGGAGCAGAACGAUGGUGGACUGCAGGCCAUGAUCAACAAGCAGUUCCGGAUGCUUCGCUUCGACUGUACAAUGUCCCUUCGAGCAGCAAUCUGGGCAUGCGUUCGAGAUCUACAUAACGGGGAUGGAGAUACAAGGCUGGCACGUCUACUACGCGAUGGAGGGGGAACAUACACCCCGGACCUUGUUAGCUGCGAUACCAGUCCCGUUCCGCUCAUCUCAGAUGUCCGCUUUACCAAUGUCAAACUCCACUCAACGUACGGUCCAACGUUCUACGUCUCUGCUAGCGCUCCUCCUGGACCAGCACGAAGUCCGACUCAAGGGUCAAGAUUCGCAUUUUGGCGGUUCGGUAAACGGCUUCCGGCGGGCGGUAUGGUGGCUAUGGUCACGCAUCGAGAAGGUAUGCGGCCAGAUGUGAGGAUGGCGAUGAUCGCUACGGAGGUGACAUUCCCCAGGAAAAGCGACCCUCGACCGACCGACCCCUCCGUUAUCCACUUCUCGCUCUCCUUUCCUAAACCCACCGAUACCGAAUGGGCAUUGAGACAAGUCGCGCUUCGGGACUCGACCUCUCCGCCCACCUGCUUCCUCCUCGAGAACCCCGUCCUCUACAUCAGCUUUCAGCCCUUCCUGCAGAGCCUGCAGAGCACCGAGAUGGUCAAUCUCGACUCGUCUCUACUCCGCAAUAUCACUCUAGAGUCCACAGAGACCCGGCCGCCCGAGUACGCCAACCAGCCCAAGUUCGAGUGGGAUCUCUCCCCCCUCAUGCGCCUUGAUUCGCCCGUCCGGGAACUGCGGAUGCGGAUCGACGAUCGGAGCUCGGUCGAACGCGCCCGGCAGCAUAUGCACCGGUCGAGCAUCAUGGACCCAUCGCAAGCGGACGCGAUCAUUUCUGCCUUGACGCAGGAGCUGGCUUUGCUCGAAGGACCUCCAGGUACGGGAAAGACGUACACCGGCGUCCAGCUCCUCCGGCUGUUCGUUCUCAAUAAUGUCGGACCGAUUGUCAUCAUGGCCCAGACCAAUCACGCCCUCGACAAUAUCCUUCGAGCACUUUAUGAUACCGAAGUCACAAAGGAGAUCGUACGGCUCGGCGCGGGGUCGGAGGAUCCAGUCCUCCAGAAUUUGUCAUUGCGCAAAAGGAGGAUGAGGGGGAAUAGAAAUGGGAAGAAGCAGGACCCAACUGUCAAGGAGGCGGGAGUUGUGAAAGAAGCCAUGGGAGAAAUGGAGGAUGAAAUGAAGGCACUAUCACAUCAGAUCAUGGCUCAUAACAAAGUCUCGGUCGAGCAAAUCGAAAACACCCUAUCUUCGAAGUAUGGCAUACACCACUUCCGCCUCAAUAUGCCGCCAAGCUAUAUCAAGGCGAUGAUGGAUGAUCUGGCGCUAGAGGAUGGGUGGGCGAGAGUGGGGAAGGACGGCGAAGAGGCUGCGGCGAUAUCGACGUGGAGCUUCUGGGCCGAUAGAGGGGAUAUCAGGCAUGUGGGUAAUCUGGCGGCGCAAGCGGAGGCGGGCGAAAAGGAGGCGGAUGAUCUGGCUGGCGCGUUGGCGGGUUUGGGCGUGCAGGAAAGUGCAGCGGAUAGAGGGGCAGAUGCGAGCCAAGACGCAUGGGCCGGACUGUUUCAGAAGGGCUCGUGGGACCCAGUCGUGUCUACUUGGACCAAAGCGCUCAGCGAUAGAGCCCUCUUCUUGUCUCACUUCAAGCUCUCGGAACUUCCUACUUUUCCCAUCAGCAACAGGCCGCUUGAAGAGCUUCGAUCCGACCCAGACAUAUGGUUUUACUCGCUGUCGGAACGACGGACCUUUCGCCGGCACCUGGAGGAGAAGACGAGGUUCACGCUGCAGGCGAUGAAUGAGCUGCGGUACAAUCAGCUGGUGACGGAGUACGCGGCAAAGCGGGCGCAAUUCGAAGAGCUGCAGAGAAAGGUUUGUUUUAGAAUACAAGCCUCUGCGAUGCAGGGUGUCAAGAUCGUUGGAUGUACCACCAACGGCGCGGCUAGGCUGAAGGAGAUCAUCCAGACGCUCUCCCCCAAAGUGCUCGUCGUCGAAGAAGCAGGCCAAGCUCUCGAAGCUCACAUCCUCGCUGCCCUCUCUCCCUCAAUCCAGCACCUCAUCCAAAUCGGCGAUCCCCAGCAGCUGCGGUGCAUCACCAACUGCCACAAGCUCUCGGUCGAGUCCAAUAUCGGCUCUACACACUACCGGCUCAACGAGAGCAUGAUGGAGCGGCUUUCGUCGGCGGGCUACCCCAUGGCGCAGCUCAAGACUCAGCGUCGGAUGCGACCGCAGAUCUCGGCAUUGAUCAGAGCGCAGCUGUACCCCGAAUUGAAGGAUCAUGAGCGGGUGCUGAAGUACCCAGCGGUCCAAGGAGCGACGAAGAAUGUCUACUUUCUGGAUCACCGCCAUAAGGAGACGGCAGAGGGGGAAGGCGGUCAGAAGAAGUCAAAUCCGUGGGAGGCAUCAAUGGCCGCGGAGCUCGCUCUGUACUUUGCGAAACAGGGCUGUUAUCCGGAAGAAAAGGGAGUCGUCAUUCAGUGUGCAUAUGCCGGCCAAGUCCUCGAGGUCAAGCGAUGCCUUGAGGGUCGAGCCAAGAUCAAAACGGGUGAUAGAGAGAAACAGACUCUCGCUCGGAAUGGCACUACCGCAGAUAUCUUUAGCGAGACCACUGGUCCAUCUCUGACCGUCAUGGUGAGAACGAUAGACAGCUUCCAAGGGGAGGAAGCGGACGUUAUCAUUCUGUCUUUAGUUCGGAACGCUGGAGAUGUAGACGGGGACGAGGCUGCUCAUUCCAUUGGAUUCCUCAAGACGAAUAACAGAAUCAACGUCGCCGUAUCCCGCGCCAAACAUGGUCUCUUCAUGCUCGGUCAUGCUCCUCAGCUGGCUUCGCAGAGCUCAUUCUGGAAGGACACGGUGGAUCAGCUCCUCGCCGACAACUGCGUAGGCGGAUCGCUGCCUCUGGGUUGCGCGGUUCAUGGGUCCGAGCAGGCUAUCACAGAUGUUGGCGAUUUCAAGAAGUAUGCGCCGAGCGGAGGAUGUACUUUGAAGUGCGGUACCGCGUUGUCCUGCGGGCAUUCCUGCCCUGAGAAGUGUCACCCAGCCGACCGGCAGCAUGUCAAGACUCUCUGCGCUCAGCCAUGCAAUCGGCCCCGCGACUGCGAGCAUACCUGCGAAAAGCGGUGCUGUGAUUCGUGCGGGCUAUGCGAGGAGGUUGUCGGGACUCAUGUGAUGGAUUGCGAGUAUGAGCAUGUCGUUGACGUCAAAUGCUACCAGCGGAAUGACCUCGAUAAGAUCAAGUGCCCAAUGAUGGUUCCUGUAACCGGUCAAUCAUGCGAGCACAUCAACCAUAUCCCAUGCGGAUCUGUAAAGGCACUCGGACCCUGCGACCAGGUCUGCGGCCUGCAACUCGAAUGCUGCGGCGCCAAUUGCACAGAAAAAUGCCUUACCUGCCAGCGCCUCAGCCGUCCUGCCAUCGACGGUAAUGCCAUGCUCGAGCUCGGCAUCGUCACUCCCGCGCCCGAAGCGAUCGAUCGAACGGUCCACGCCAAGCAUCAGUGUCGGCGCAAAGGGGACAAUUGCGGGCACCGCUGCGAUACGGUGUGCAAACCUGACCAUUGCCAUAGCAGAAAGUGCGAUGCCGAGAACAUUGCAGAAUUGGAUGGCGAUUGCGAUACCCAAGGGGCAGUCACAUCGUGUAGCUGGCCUGGCGUGGUCGACGGGAAGCUAUGCACCGAGCCAUGCGAGCGGGUCUGUCCGCAUCAGAAAUGCUCGCUCCCGUGCUACAUGCCUUGCAAGAUCAAGUCAUGCGAUCGAGCUUGCCCUAAGCUGUUGGAUUGCGGCCAUCCUUGCCCAUCUGUCUGCUCAGAAUCGUGCGCCUCUCAAUCCUGCUCGAUCUGUCUUUAUCCCCUCCGAAUCCUCACUGCUCAAGGCAUCAUAUCGGUCACCCACCAAACGCGGCGGCAACUACAACGACGCAUUGUCACCCAUGAUUGCGGGAUGGCGAUCGAUAUCCCCUUUCUCGACACGGUCACUGCCGCACGCGCUACGCUGAAUUUACCACCUGCCUGCCCAUCAUGCGGCAAAGGUCUCACGACGCCUCGGUACUUUACGCACCGGAAACAAGCUGUUUUCGCGCAUUUCGAGCGACACGUUCUUGCAGAUCUGCGGGAUCGCGCCAAUGUCCUAGGCCAGAAUCCCGGCGGCUCCUCACUAUCUACCUCGUCUGUCGAUAACGAGAUCGCCACGAACCUCGGCGACGUCAUCCUCCCUCCUCCUGGCCGUCUACCCAAACAGCGGGCGAUCAAUGAUAUCCUCUCGCUCCCAUCGGAUCUCGCGACAGCUCAGCCAGUCACGGCGGACAUGCUCGAAGAUAUUCUCAAUGACGUCUUCUGCUUUUCGAGCGAGCUUGAAGGGGCUUGGGUCCAGGUGACAGAGCUCCUCGCAGACGAGUAUGCCCGCAUCGAGCCCCUCUGCUCGCCGCCCAUCCACACGGCUGCUACACGCCCAUACCGUAUGGCGGCCAUCCUGAGCAGCAUCGGCUCUCGGCUCGUCCUCGCUUUCUAUGCUCAACGGUUCGUCAUUGCUCUUCAAGACAGGGGUAGUCGGGACCCGGCGAUUCGGAUCAAUGCGAACUAUGCGGCCCAUCUCUUCGACAUCCUGAUGUGGACAUUCUUGAGGAGCUGCGAUCGAGAUCUCAAGAUCGCGGUGGAUUACUCGGAGUGUCCGGGAACGUCGAGGGCAGCGAUAGCGGGUUACAGGAUUGUGCUAUCGCAGCAGACUACCCUCGCGAUCGUGGGCGGACGAGGAGGAAGGGUCGGAGCGGAGUUGGACCGGAUGCUUGCCAAGGCGGAGGGAGCGACGAAGGAAAGCCUAGAGCAUUUGAAGGACGAUCUAGCGGGUUCUGCGGAAGGGGAGAAGGCGGAUAAGGCGUUGCAGAAGAUACAGGCGGGAUGGAGGCAGAUCCGAGCAGCGGAGAAGGCGGGAAGAGUGUACGAUGCGGGGAAGGGGAUGAAGGCUGGGCUGGAACUCGCGGCAGGAAUAGCGCUGGGUCUGGUAGAUAGGGGGAUCUGA